AUGAACACUGCGCUCGCAACAACCACCGCCACAACUCCCGCGUUCCGCCGUGAGACGCCUCUUCACCGUCAUUGUUCCCUUGCAAAACCGUCGGCUCUCCGAUUAAACAGAUUAGGAUCGGGCGUGCAAAGAAAGACAUUGCUGAAGAUCUCGGCGAGCUCUGAGAGCGCUUCAUCAGCAGUUAACGUGGCAACGGAUGCUUCGAUUCCAAGCGAGAUGAAGGCGUGGGUGUACAGUGAGUACGGCGGAGUGGAUGUUCUGAAGCUAGAGAGCAACAUUGCAGUUCCGGUUGUUAACGAUGAUCAGGUGCUGAUCAAAGUUGUUGCCGCUGCUCUUAAUCCCGUCGACGCUAAGAGACGGCAAGGCAAAUUCAAAGCCACUGACUCGCCUCUCCCGACUGUUCCUGGAUACGACGUCGCAGGAGUAGUAGUGAAGGUGGGAAGCGCGGUGAAAGAAUUCAAACAAGGAGACGAAGUAUACGCAAACGUGAGCGAGAAAGCAUUAGAAGGACCGAAGCAAUCGGGUUCUCUGGCGGAGUACACUGCCGUGGAAGAGAAGCUAUUAGCCUUAAAACCUAAAAACAUCGAUUUCGCUCAAGCCGCAGGGCUCCCACUGGCUAUAGAAACCGCCGACGAAGGUCUCGUUAGGACUGAGUUCUCUGCCGGAAAAUCAAUUCUCGUUCUCAAUGGUGCUGGAGGAGUAGGGAGCCUUGCGAUCCAGCUUGCGAAGCACGUCUAUGGAGCUUCAAAGGUGGCUGCAACAGCGAGCACAGGGAAGCUAGAGCUAGUGAGAAGCUUAGGUGCUGAUUUAGCUAUUGAUUACACUAAGGAGAACAUCGAAGACUUGACUGAGAAAUUCGAUGUCGUCUUUGACGCCAUUGGGAUGUGUGAUAAGGCAGUGAAGGUGAUUAAGGAAGGAGGGAAGGUAGUGGCCUUGACCGGAGCUGUCACGCCUCCUGGUUUUAGAUUCGUUGUGACAUCUAACGGCGAUGUUUUGAAAAAGCUGAAUCCUUACAUUGAGAGUGGGAAGGUGAAGCCAGUGGUUGAUCCCAAAGGACCGUUCCCAUUCUCACGUGUGGCUGAUGCUUUCUCAUACCUAGAAACGAACCAUGCCACAGGGAAGGUCGUUGUAUAUCCUAUCCCUUGA